CCGCCCUGUGGCCUUCGGGCCGCCCGGCCCCCUCCCGGACAUGGAGGACGUGGAGGCGCACUUCGCCCACCUCCUGCAGCCCAUCCGCGACCUCACCAAGAACUGGGAGGUGGACGUGGCGGCCCAGCUGGGCGAGUACCUGGAGGAGCUGGACCAGAUCUGCAUUUCUUUUGAUGAAGGCAAAACCACAAUGAACUUCAUUGAGGCAGCGCUGCUGAUCCAGGGUUCAGCGUGCGUCUACAGCAAGAAGGUGGAGUACCUGUACUCGCUGGUCUACCAGGCCCUUGAUUUCAUCUCUGGCAAGAGGCGAGCCAAGCAGCUCUCUUCAGUGCAGGAAGAUGGGGCCAGUGGGGACACCGGCUCCAGGGCCCCCCAGGAUGCAGAGGACGAGUUCCUGUCGCUGGACGACUUCCCCGACUCCCGGGCUAACGUGGACCUGAAGAAUGACCAGGCACCCAGUGAAGUGCUUAUUGUCCCUCUGCUGCCCAUGGCCCUGGUGGCCCCUGAUGAGACAGUGAAGAACCACCACCCCCUGUACAGCCGUCAGGGUGAGAUCCUGGCCAGCCGGAAGGAUUUCAGGAUGAAUACGUGCACCCCCCACCCCCAGGGGGCCUUCAUGUUGGAGCCGGUGGGCGUGUCCCCCAUGGAGCCAGGGGGCUCAUUCCCCAUGGCGAGGAACCAGAAUGAGGCUGGGAGGGCUGAGCAACAGCCGAUGGAAGUCUCUGAGAGCAGGAGCCCUGUCCCCGUGCCCAGCUUCUCCCAGCAGCCAGGCUCCUCUCCAGAAGGCCCAGCGCCCAGUGGUGGGGGUGACGACGAUGAUGCCCAGGAGGCCGCAGAGAUCCCAGAGGCUGUCACCCCCAAGGCUGCCCAGGAGCCCAGGAGCCCGGAGAGCCCCACGCUGCCCAGGAGGUACAUGCUGCGUGACCGAGAGCGGGCCCCAGAGCCCCCACCCCAACCUACGGAGACUCCAGACCCCUGGCAGAGCCUGGACCCCUUCAACUCCUUGGACUCUAAGCCCUUCAAGAAAGGGAGGCCCUACUCUGUGCCCCUCUGUGUGGAGGAAGCCCCGGGACAGAAGCGCAAGCGGAAGGGCCCAGCCAAGCUGCAGGACUUCCACCAGUGGUACCUGGCUGCCUAUGCAGACCCUGACGACAGUGGGAGGUCCCGGCGAAAGGGCCCAAGCUUUGCAGACAUGGAGGUCCUGUACUGGAGGCACGUGAAGGAGCAGCUGGAGACCCUGCGCAGGCUGCAGAGGAGGGAGAUGGCCGAACGCUGGCUGCCAAGGGCCGAGGAGGAGCUGUGGCCUGCAGAGGAUGACCGCCUGGAGGGCUCCCUGGAGGACCUGGGGGCGGCAGAUGACCUGGAAGCUGAUGGGUGUGUGGAGGCUGAGGACGCAAGGCCUGGGGAAGCCACUGGCCUGGAUGCAGAGGCCCUGCCUGCCUCCCUGAGCUACGAGGAGCUGGUUCGAAGGAACGUGGAGCUCUUCAUUGCCACCUCCCAGAAGUUUGUCCAGGAAAUGGAGCUGAGCCAGCGCAUCAGGGACUGGGAGGACACCAUCCAGCCCCUGCUGCAAGAGCAGGAGCAACACGUGCCCUUUGACAUCCACACCUACGGGGACCAGGUGGUGUCACGGUUCCCCCAGCUCAACGAGUGGUGUCCAUUUGCAGAGCUGGUGGCCGGCCAGCCUGCCUUUGAGGUCUGUCGCUCCAUGCUGGCCUCCCUGCAGCUGGCCAACGACUACACAGUGGAGAUCACCCAGCAGCCGGGGUUGGAGGCGGCUGUGGACACCAUGUCCCUAAGACUGCUGACGCACCAGCGCACCCACAAACGCUUCCAGACCUACGCAGCACCCUCCAUGGCCCCGCCCUGAAGUGGGGGUGGAUGAGGCGUGGGCUUGGGAGCCCUGUCCCCAGCAUGUGGUCCCUGCAGUGCUGCCACCUGGCUGGCCCAGCCUAAUAAAGUCGCGUCAC